AGGUGGGGCCCUGCAUCCAACAACACACAGUCGUGUGCCACCUUCAGACAUGUGUUUCUGCCCAAAAAGUGUCAGUGUGAUCGCCUGCCGCUCGUGUUAAGACCAUGUCUCUCUUUUCACCUCCACUGAGAAUGGUCACCAUGGCACGGUUGUGUCACUCAUCUUCUGUCAUGCUGUCAGUCAUGUUGCUGUUGGUCUUGAUGACGCCAGAAUUCUCCAGUGCCCACUCACCCAAGUACAUCAAAAAAGGAGGUUCUAGAAUCCGGCGCUCGGCCACACCCUCUGACGCGGACGUUCCUCACAAUGCUACAAACGGCUUUAUCCCAGAAGUCAGUGGUCCCACGCAGGUUCCACAGACAUCUGCAGAGCUCUUUGUCACACAAGCCUCAAAUGCUACUAAAAAUGCCAGUGACACCCAAGACCAUCCGACCAUACAUGCCAACACAGAGGCGCAUUCUAACAUGACCGCCAACAUUACAGCCCGCACUUAUCCUACACCAAAUACUGUCAGUACCCAGUCUUCUGGGGGGCUUCCUAAAACCACCUCCAAGACUACCAUCAAACCACUUUCCACCUCUGUGGGCAGUGCUUCAUCUUUGCUGGAGACAAAUGUCACAUCACAUCCAAGCAAUGCCUCCUCUCCCUCAGUGACACUUCACACCUCUGAUUUAGAUAAAGCUUCCUCUGACUCAACUUCAACUCCAACGGAUACGUCUCAGUCAUCCCACGUGGAACCGCCCACCUCAACCACUCAGCCAACACUCCCAGUCAAAGACUCAACGCCAGACAAGUCUCACCCCUUCCUCACAACCCACGCUGUCUAUACCAAUGCAUCUACAGCCUCAUCUAAUGCUUCAGUUCCUGGGCAUACCACUGUCUCUGGAGCAUCCGGUGACUCUGAGAGGAUGACGACGACUGAGCACAUGCCAACCAGCGGCGCGUCCAGCUCUUCAGCCAUCGGCCUCCACCCAAGGCCGCAUCCCAAAGUCACAACAGCUGCAGCAACAACGACCUCCAAAUCACCACCUCUGACCCAGAGGAAGAGCGACUGUCCUGUGUUCACACAGUCUCCGAGUAAGAAGACGAAUUUGGUGGGCGCCUGCCUGAUAGCUAUAGCGUCUCUGGCCGGUUUGGCAACAUUCUUUAUGGUGUGCUCCAUCAUCCUCUGCACCAAGCUCGCCGCUGCCAAGCACCGGUACCGGGUGAGAAUGGGCGGGGAGGGGACGGAGAUGGUGUGUAUCUCUGCACUGCUCCCGGAUGGUGACGGUCCUAUGAGGCCCAAGACCCCAAAAAGCAAUGGGGCCCUCAUCCCCAUCACAGAUACGGACAGCGACUACGGGGACAACCUCACUCUCAACAGUUUCCUGCCAGAUGGUGACAACCGUGUUUAAGGCCACAUAGUGAGCAUAUGUGGGAUGUGGGUAGCCUCAUCCAAGCAGUUUCCUACCAGAUAACGAACAGCUCUCCGUCUUAAAGGGAAACUUCAGGAUUUUUCAACCUGGGGCCUAAAUGUAUGGCACUAAGUGGGGUGUCAAGUUAGAGAGCGGACGAAGAGAAAACACUGACUGUCUGUCAUUUUCUACAGUUUCUUAUCCGUUAAGAAGGUAAGAGGUAAACAGACAUAGGUGUAACUCUGUAAGGAUCAUUUCCAGACCCUAAUGAUAAUAUUGACGAGCCUCAAACAAGCGGUUUACUUUGACGAGCAUGCUUGCUCCAUAGGAUUCCAUUAGAAGGCCAUGCUGUGGUUGCCGGUUAUAGCACUCUAAAUCAGUACUAGACCGAUUUCGAUUUUUUCCCUAGUUAAUAAUUAGACCCAAAAAGAUCUAAAAAUAGGUUUAAAUAUCCCAAAGUUUUCCUUUAGGGCAUUUUGCAGCCUGGGUGUUACAUGCUAUUUGGCUUUAGUUGUUGAUGUGAUUCAGUAAAACAAGGGGCAAUGAUGGAGACAACUGUUGUCUUUUGAUGCCAGCCUCAGAAGUAUUUGAUGUAUUCUACACAUUUUACAUCAACCUCUCUACUUUGCAGCCAGCCUUUACUGCAUCUAAACAUGCGUGUUAGCUAUCAGAGGAUCUGAGAUUUGUUGUGACAUGCAACCCUUGUACCUGAUAAUACAAAAAAGGAAGCAGUUGGACCUUUAAAUGUACACUUCCUCUUUCAUUUAGGUGAAAUAGUGUCACAACUAGUUCCAAGAUGCUGAACCAAAAUGGAACCAAUGAACCAAAAUUGUGCGUCAGUGUCAAGAAGCAGUGUUUGCUAUUUUGUUCUUUGAAAUGCAUGUUUGUUGUAUUGUGGUAUUGUAUAUGUUAUGUGGUGUACAAAGUCGUCUGUAAUAUUUGUAACCUGUUGGUGAUACAUAGUUUUUUCUGCAUAUUUUAUUUCCACAUUCACACGUAACUUUCCGUGUUACGCUCAGAUGUAGUGCCCCAGCUGUCUAUCAGAACAAAUAGCAGUUUUAUUUAUUUUCUGUACAUAAUUGUGGGAUUUGAAACUGUAUUAAUUUAACCUCAGAUGAAAAUGUCCUUGACAGUCCUCUAUUUAAUCUUGCACUGCAAAAAAUCCUCGGGUGAUUUCACUUUGCAACAGGACACUGUGAGCGCUGUAUUUCUACAAGCGCUUCAGCUGUGCAGACAGCACUCGGAGGCUCUCACAGGGAUUCACCCCUGAUUUAUAAGCCUUGGAAUGAAAGUAGCAGACUGCUACUGCACACUGCCCCUGCACUCUGGCCAGCCAAUCCCCUCCAGUCACGGUGACAGAGGAGAUGGAAAAUGCAGACCCCGCUUUAUCAAAUCCCUGUCGGGACAAGACAAAACCAUUUACCAUUUUCUUUGUAAGUGCACAUACAAGUCUGUAGUUAAAAGCACUUGAAGGAUGUGUCAUAUUUUGUUAUCUUAUAUUAUUCCAUGAAUGUCAAAUGUAUUAUUAAGUAAUAUUUCAAUUUGUUCACAUAAAGACUUUAGUUGUGCUUGUUGUUCUAUUUACAGAAAAUACACAUAUUACAAUGCCUGUGUUCUUUGUUUACUUUUUACUGCACAAAAGUGUGUGGAACAAUGCAAUCUUGCAGGUAACACAGCUUGCACUUGCAGGGACGAAAUCUAAAAGAGCGGUAUCUGAUACGCAGACGCAACUGGCCCAACCUUUACCGACGUACAAAACACUUAUACUUAUACAACUUUUUUUCUUUCUGGCCGAAACUGUCUGAGCAGCUUAAGGCUUACAAUAGUUCCUGAUUUAUUUUCACGUUCUCCAGAACAGAACAAAACUGUGUGUAAGAGCUUGGUGUUUUAGACAGUGCUAUUAUUUCUUAAUAAUGUGUGAAGUGCAUGCAUGUGUGUCUGAGAGUGUGUAUUGUGUUUGUGCUUGCUUUCACAUAUACUGCAUGCCUUGCUCUAGAAAAUACAGGUCACAUAAAUCGUGUGUGUAUGCGUGUGUGAUGGGGAGAGAAUGAAACCAGGGCACAAAAUGGUGGUGCUUAUUUUUAACCUAUAUUAGCUAGUCAGCAGCUGUUUUAAUUCCCCGAUGUGUGCAGUGUCCUGUGCUUAACUGAGCGACGUGUCUGAUUUUGCGCAGAACACCCUGUGCAUUGUUUCAGGGGGGGGGGGGUAGGUAGUGAUUCUGCAUGUGCCCCUGCUGCCUGAGUGCAUUAUGUCCAUGCAGGAAACAUUAACCCUUUCCUGAACAGACCCAGGCAGAAUCGGAGACAACAGAGUGGGCAGUGUUGGAAAAGGGUUGUAAUUCUGCAGGACAGUCCUCUCUACAUAACAUGUCUCAAAUAAAAUGGCUGGUGCACCGAAAA